AUGAACCCUUCUGCCACCUGCACUCGUUGUGGCCUCCAAGAUGAGUCAUUCCUUCAUUGCAUUCGGGACUAUGAGUUCUCCCGCAGCCUUUGGAACCACAUCGGUUUUAACAAUUUGGAUUUCUUCUCAAAUCUAGAUGUGUACGAUUGGCUUAAACUAGGGGCCACAUGUUCAAAUGACCUCCUUUUCUCGGCUGGUCUGUGGUGGUCUUGGAGACACCGCAACCUGAUGUGCCUGAACAAUGAGACUUGGUCCUUAAGUCGGAUCUCCUUCCACAUUCGAGCUAUGGUCGAAACCUUCAGCAACUGCUUCUCCCCCGCUUCUAACGAAGGGUCAAUUGAUAGAUAUAUCAAGUGGAACCACGACAACUAUCCCUGUACCAUUCUUAAUGUGGAUGGAAGUUGUCCCGAUUCUCCCGUUCGAUCUGGAUUUGGCGGUAUUAUUAUAAACACCUUCGGUCACUAUCUUGUUGGCUUCUCGGGCUUCAUUCAAGGGUCAUCUGACAUUUUGCUCGCUGAAUUGUAUGCUAUCUACAAGGGUCUCUUGCUGGCCAAAGACAUGAAUAUCGACGAACUUGUCUGCUACUCGGACUCUUUACACAGUGUCAACCUCAUCAGAGGUCCUCAUGCCAAGUUUCAUACCCAUGCUGUAUUGAUCCAAGAUAUAAAAGAGCUGCUCUCACAAACCAAUGCUUCUCUCUAUCACACGCUUAGAGAAGGGAAUCAAUGUGCAGAUUUCUUCGCUAAACUUGGAGCCUCCUCAGAUGCCGACUACCUGAUCCAUGCUUCUACUCCAGAUGGUGUUCGUGAUCUUCUUAGAAACGACGCAAUGAGAACUUUUUUUCUUCGUGAAUAG